AUGCCAUGGGCAGCGCUGCGCCCAGAAAAACUUGAGGAUAGAUUAAAAGUUUACAACGAAAAAGACCCACAUAUAAAAUUAACAUAUGAAAUAAGCAAGACUGCUAAUUAUCUGGAUGUCACAAUCUUUGUACGUCGCCCGACGGCACGAACGAUAGUCUAUCGAAAACUAGCGGCACAACCAUAUGUAUUACCGUAUGACAGUGCACAUCCAAGGCAUAUAAAAAAGAACAUCUCAUAUGCUGCUUAA